AUGAAGAUUCUGUUGAUGGGUGCCCCGGGUUGUGGGAAGGGAACGCAGAGUCCCUACCUCCAACAGCGGUACGGUGUGUGUCAUCUAUCAAUGGGUGACAUGCUGCGCGACGCCGUCGCAAAGAAGACCGCAUAUGGAGUGAAGGCGAAAGCUGCAAUGGACUCUGGCAGCCUCGUGUCAGACGAUAUUGUCUUCGGCAUAAUGAAGGAAAGCAUCACAAGACCCGAAUGCAGGUACGGUUAUGUUCUUGAUGGAUACCCUCGAACUUUGCGGCAGGCCGAAAUGAUGGAAGAGGCGGGGGAGCAUGCGCAUAGAGCUAUUCAAUUCGACGUCCCUGACGACGUUAUAAUCGCGCGCACCAGUGGCCGCUGGAUCCAUCGCGUCAGCGGUCGUACAUACCACGAACUCUUUCGCCCACCAAAGGUCCAAGGCAAGGACGAUGUGACUGGCGAGCCGUUGAUGCAGCGCCCCGACGACCGCAAGGAAGUGGUGGAGAAACGGCUUAGGACAUACCAUAAGGAGACAGAGCCACUGAUUGAAUAUUACGCAGCAAAGGGCAUCCUUGAUCGUGUUGAUGCAAACCGUACAGUCGAUGCAGUGCGACAAACGCUCAACUCCAUCCUUGACCCCAUUGCCAUUCGCCUUGGGCUGAAGUGA